AAUAAGUUAGAAUUCUUUCAUUUUUAUAUAUGUAUAUCACACAACCAUAUAUAUUAAUAUAAGAUUAUACAUAGUAUAUCAUAAUAAGUUCAUACGUAGAAGCGUUAUCCAAUCAAGAUAGUAUAUAUAGCGACGUGUUGUUUAUCCAAUCCGUUGGAAUAUUGAGGGCGUUCGUUCAUAUCCACAACUCAAACUAGCUCGAUCGUUUGGCAUUUGGAUAUACUAUGUAUGAGGCCCCAGGACCCACAUACUCAGAAAAACAGAAGGUACCAUGAUCACUGGGUGACCUCGUCGGCCAUGCCCUCAUCGGCCAUGCUAUCAUUGGCUAGGAAAAGAUCUAUCCAGAAUAUGAUCCAGAAGUCAGGAGAACCGGGUGACCUCGUCGGCCAUGCCCUCAUCGGCCGUGCCCUCGUCGGCCAAGACCCUCGUCGGCCACCGAAGUCUCACAGAACCGGAGUUUACACUUAUUCAUUUGUAUAGCCCACCAGUGGCUUUGUAUUCGGCCCAAUAGCGGUCCAGUUGUAAAUGGGCCUCCCAAGCCCAAGACUUGGGAGCCCAGCCCGUAUUUUCCCUAUAAAUACUUCCUUUGGAGGUAGUUAUCAGGGUUACCAAAUCAUUCUAUUGAAGCAUAUAUUGCACUUCUCUCUCUAGCUCUCACUUCUCUCUAGAUAUAUACUCUAUCAUUUGGUGCUCUCGUUGAGAGCUAGAACAAUCAAGUUAGCCUCCUCCGUCGCUACCAAGCACAGCUAACUGACAAUGGGAAGAACUAGGUCAAACCGCAACCUCCUCAGCAAGGCCAUCCCUGAGGCCCAAGAGAACCGAGAACACGAGGAGGAUGCUACGGCCGACAAGGCUCCCGUCGGGGAUGUCUUCCAUGAAGCCAUCGGCCUCACCACUGACCUGCGCAACGACCUUAACGACGUCGCCCCAGACGCUCGCAUCAGCUUGGACAAGAAGCGCGCAGAAAAGGGUGACAACGUCUCUGGGCAACCGGCUUCUCCUGCCGUUGACCCUCAGCUCCAAGCCGCUCUCUCGGCCAUCAUCGCCAGCUUGGCCCAGAACCCCACCGUCCUCAGCGCACUCAUGCCAAGGACUGGGGAGAACACUACACCGCCUCCUCAGCCCCAGCCGUUGGCCAUCAAGCUGGGCAACGACGAAGGGGUGGUGCCCCAGGACACGUCGUCAUCCCACUCCCACCCUGCUUCCCCACUUCGAGCUGGACCGGCCCCAACGCGUGGAAAAGCCUCAGCCUUUGAUAGGCUAGGUGACACGCGUCGUCGGCCUGCUUCGGAGAGGAUGGCGGGACGGAUUGGUGAACGUGAGCCUGGCUCACCAUGGGAAAGCUUGGGGUCCGUAUCCCGGACAGCGGAUCGGCCCCGCCUGGACAAAGGCAAAGGAAAAUUGCACGAGGACAAUGUGCGUCAUCGAAUCAACACGACUCAAGAAGCUCGCGUGCGCAACCAGCAAGGCACCACUACGGCCGCCAAGGACCCUCGGGACGAGGUCAUCGCCCAACUGGAAAGGAGACUGGCCCAGAUGGAGGCUAGACAAUCGGCCACCAUCCCUACGGCCAACUCAUCCGAGGGUCCAGGUUACCACGCGCUCAUGCUUAAGGUCAGCGCCCUGGAGAGGGAGCUGGCCGACAGACGUGGUGACCCCAUCAUCCAAAUCAGAACAAAAACUCCCUUCACCACGAGGGUGCUCUCGGCCCCAAUACCGGAGAAUUACUGAGGGAACGCCAUCAAGCCCUAUGACGGCCGCCCUGACCCUCAGGAGCACUUCAGCCGCUAUCAAAACAACAUGCUGAUGGUGAACGCAUCAGAUGAAUACCUCUGACGUUGGUUCCUUUCCACUCUUGAAGGGCCAGUGUACGAGUGGUUCAACGCGCUCCCCGAAGGAAGCAUAGAUUCGUGGCAGGAUCUUGCCCAACGCUUCCUCACCCACUUCGCCGGAAGGAAGCGCGUGAGAAAACAUUUCUCCCACCUUCUCUCCAUCAAGCAGCAACACGAUGAAUCACUUCGGUCUUUCAUCGAUCGAUGGACGAAGGAGACAGACGAGGUCGAAGGUGCCGAUGAGCGCAUCCUCCUCGUCCUCUUCCAAGGCGUUCUCCGCAGCAGCCCCUAUGCGAGGAGCCUCAUCACUGACCCGCCGAGGUCAUACACCAAGGCACUCCAACGAGGGAGCUUGUACGCUGACGUCGAUGAGCUCCACUCCUGCAAGAAGGAUGUAGGCCAACCAUCAAAGAGGUCAGACGAGGCGUCGGCUCCAAACGUAUCCUCGGUCGGGGGCCAUGCCCGCCGAAACCGGAAGGAGCGCCCAUGGCAGCUGAGGACGGACGUCCCAAGGACUACGCUCACGCACUCGGUAGAUACCAUCUUCGACUAUGCGGAGGAGGAAGGUCUCAUCCCUAAAGAUUCCCGGUCAGCCACGGAAGUCUACGCCGUCCACCAGGGUGGCACUUAUUGUCGUUACCACAAGAACACCUCCCACAAUACAGACGACUGGGUCGCGCUGAAGAAAGCCAUUGAGCGCUUAAUUCAACGGGGUGAACUCCGCCAAUUUGUCAAAGUUACCCCAAGGAACUCCACCGGCAAUCAGGAAGGGGACACCUCAACGAAGAAGCAUGAAAUUGGGAAGCUCAGCGAUGACGAGGACUUCGAGGAGCACCAACUGAAGAAGCGUCACAUCCGCUGACUGCGUUCUUCCUCGAAGGGACGCACGGCCGACGGAUUAUCCCUCAAAAUACGAAGGGCCCUACAUCUCGGUGAAGUUCUACCAGCAAUCCGAAGAGGGUGCAGACGGCAGAGCCCCCACCCUAAGGUCAGAAACUCAUUGGGAAGCUAACUCUUGUACGACUUGUUCAGAAGGUUACCCCCCUCGGCCUUGAGCCACUGACCCUAAUAAAAGCCGUUGCCAUAAACAACGCACCUAUUGUGUUCUGCUUAUUUCUUGUAAAGUUUAAGUAAAGGAUGCCACAUAACAAAGCACGUCGCUUCGACCCCUUCGAGCGAAACGCUCAGGUAUGACCGACGACGCCACACAAAACAGCACAUCGUCCCGGCCCCUUCGAGCGAAACACUCAGGCAUGGCCGAUGAUGUCCCAGGACGAGGGGCCCACAAACGGCCCACGUCUUGAAAUGGGAAGCUCACCGCGUCGUCUUCGCGCUAAAUCGCAUUACGACAGGCCUGAAAGAAUGGCCGAGGUGACAAAAUCCCCACACUUGGGGUUGGGAAACGGCAGCCGUCGGUAACCGACCAAAAGCCUAGCCUGCGCCAUAAAUAGACGACGGGACCCCCCAAGGUCUAGGGACGCGCCAGCGCCAGAGGCCGGACAGUUGCCCUCCUGGACUCCCUAUCGGCCGAGGGAAUAGCAACCCCCUCGGUCGAGCCUGAAAGAAGGACCCCCACUCAUCGCUCAUAGCAGUAGAGGAAGAAAUAAAAGAGGGACAACCGAGGACCGUGCAGUUGCCGGCCUCGAGCGAAAUCCCCACAAAUUAAAAGAGGGAGAGCCGAGGACCGCGCACUCGCCGGCCUCGAGCGAAAUCCCCACAAAUCAAAAGAGGGAAGCCAAGGACCGCGCACUCGCCGGCCUCGAGCAAUAAAAAUGAAAUCCCCACAAAUCAAGCCACAUAUUUGGCUAAGUACAUAUGAGGCAAAUACUGUGCAUUAUGGACGAAGCAAGAUCAUAUAUGCGGAUCAGACGAGCGCUCAACGUCGUCCUUCAUUAUAGGUACGGCUUCGCCGUCCUCAUCAUAGGACCGGCUUCGCCCCCCUCAUCUUCAGACGACUGGCUUCAUCAACGCCGUCGUCCUCAGAUCACGACAGACCCCCCCGGUCUCAACGUGAUCCUUCAUCUCAAGACCGGCCUCCUCAGCGUCGAGCGUCUUGAGCUAGCGAGCGUGCUCGCCAUUCCCUUCCUGGAUGGCGACCCUCGCCUUCAUACGAGGAGCGGCCUCAUCAGCGCCGUCGUCCUCAGAUCACGGCAGACCCCCGGUCUCAACGUGAUCCUUCAUCUCAAGACCGGCCUCCUCAGCGCCGAGCGUCUUGAGCUUGCGAGCGGGCUCGCCAUUCCCUUCCUGGAUGGCGACCCUCGCCUUCAUACGAGGAGCGGCUUCAUCAGCUCCGUCGUCCUCAGAUCACGGCAGACCCCCCCGGUCUCAACGUGAUCCUUCAUCUCAAGACCGGCCUCCUCAGCGCCGAGCGUCUUGAGCUUGCGAGCGGCUCGCCAUUCCCUUCUUGGAUGGCGACCCUCGCCUUCAUACGAGGAGCGGCUUCAUCAGCGCUGUCGUCCUCAGAUCACGGCAGACCCCCCGGUCUCAACGUGAUCCUUCAUCUCAAGACCGGCCUCCUCAGCGCCGAGCGUCUUGAGCUUGCGAGCGGGCUCGCCAUUCCCUUCCUGGAUGGCGACACUCGCCUUCAUACGAGGAGCGGCUUCAUCAGCGUCGUCGUCCUCAGAUCACGGCAGACCCCCGGUCUCAACGUGAUCCUUCAUCUCAAGACCGGCCCCCUCAGCGCCGAGCGUCUUGAGCUUGCGAGCGGGCUCGCCAUUCCCUUCCUGGAUGGCGACCCUCGCCUUCAUACGAGGAGCGGCUUCAUCAGCGCCGUCGUCCUCAGAUCACGGCAGACCCCCCGGUCUCAACGUGAUCCUUCGUCUCAAAACCGGCCUCCUCAACGCCAAACGUCUUGGGCCAGCGAGCGGGCUCGCCAUCUCAAGGCCGGCAGCCUCAACACCGAGAGCUUUGAGUUCACAUGACGAACGGCUUCAUCACAUGCCUUCGUCGUCAUUUAUUUGGACCGGCCUCAUCAGCACCGUCAUCCUCAAAUCAUGUCUGGUCCCUCGGCCAGGGCGUGAUCAUCUAUCUUGGAUCGGCUUCAUCAUAGCCGUCAUCCUCAAGUCACGCCUGGUCCCUCGGCCUUGGCAUGAUCAUCUAUCUCAAGACCUGUUUUAGCCAUUCCUUUAUCGGAUGGCGACCGUUGCACGGAUUUUCGGACUGGCCCCUCAGUGUCGUCCAUCCUCACGUCACGACCGGCCCCUCGGCCAAGGCGUGACUAUCUAUCUCAAGACCGGCUUCCUCAGCGCCGAGAGUCUUGAGCCAGCGAUCGGGCUCACCAUCCCUUCCUGGAUGGUGACCAUCGCCACUAAAUGACGAUCGACUUCAUCAUUGCGACCGGCCCAUCGGGCAAGGCGUGAUAUCCAUCUCAAGACCGGCCUCCUCAGCGCCGAUAGUCUUGAACUAGCAAGCGGGCUCGCCAUUCCCUUCCCGGAUGGCGACCCUCGCCUUCACAUGAGGAGUGGCUUCAUCAGCGCCGUCGUCCUCUGAUCACGGCCGACCCCUCGGUCUCAACGUGAUCCUUCAUCUCAAGGCCGGCUUCCUCAAAUACCGAGAGCCUCGAGCUUGCAUGACGAAUGGCUCCAUCAACGCCUUCGUCAUCAUUUAUCUGGACCGGCUUCAUCAGCGCCGUCGUCCUCAGAUCACGGCAGACCCCUCGGUCUCAACGUGAUCCUUCAUCUCAAGACCGGCCUCCUCAGCGCCGAGCGUCUUGAGCCAGCGAGCGGGCUCGCAUUCCCUUCCUGGAUGGCGACCCUCGCCUUCAUACGACGAGCAGCUUCAUCAGUGCCGUCGUACUCACAUCACGACCGGCCCCUCGGCCAAGGCGUGAUCAUUUAUCUCAAGACCGGUCUUAGCCGUUCCUUCACUGGAUGACGACCGUUGCAUGGAUUCUAGGAUCGGCUCCUCAUCGCCGUCAUCUUCACAUCACGACCAGCCCCUCGGCUAUGGUGUGAUGCUCUAUCUUAAGACCGGUCUUAGCCAUUCCUUUACCAGAUGGCGACCGUUGCAUGGAUUCCGGACCGGCCCCCCAGUGCCGUCGUCCUCAUAUCUCGAGACCAGCUCCCAACGCUUAGGUACUGCUAUAGAGACCGGGCUCGCAAUUCCCUUCCUGGACAGCGACCGUCGCCUUCAUAUGACGCACAAAUCAUUACCAUUGUCGUCCUCACAUCCAGACAAGCAUCCAUUGCCUCGUCCUCAUAUUCGGACCGGCUCAUCAGCGCCGUCGUCCUCACCACCAGGCGGGCGUCCUCUCAUCAGACGGACACCGCUUCAGCUCCACACCUAGGCCGAAGGGUUCACCCCUUGGAGUUCAUUUUGGGGGAUCCGGUGUGCUCUUUUUCCCUCAUUAGGAUUUUUUCCCACAGGGUUUUUCCUAAUGAGGUUUUUAACGAGGCACCGCCCCAUUGUGGAUCAAAAGGUGUCGACCCUCGGCCCCCUAUUGAAGACGUGUAUUGCUCUACUCCUCUUCACCUCACUACAUGAGCCUCGAGGAGUGGGGGACUGGGGGACUACAUCGGCCUCCACAUACAUGAAAUCAUCCAGAAAGCAACAAAAAGCAAGGACUACCAAGUGGUACCUCCGUCGGCCAUGUCUUCAUCGGCCAGAAGAAGGUCUGGGGGACUACAUCGGCCUCCAGCGUAAAGAAAAAAAUUCAAAAUCCAACGAACACAAGCCCAUGACAAUGUCACCUCAACGUCCAACAACCAUGUGUUCACCCUUCGGCCAGGCCGAAGCGCAAAGCAGGACACACAUCGUCCUCAGGAUUAAGGGCACAUCAUCCUUGGAGCCAAGGACACUCCUCAAGACCAAUGGCACACAUCAUCUUCAAGACAAUGACAAGAACACCACAAACGUCCACCUUCGGCCAGAGCGCAAGGCAGGACGCAUAUCAUCCUCCAAGCCAAGGACACUCGUCGUCCUCAAGAUGAAGGACAUUCGUCGUCCUUGAAACGAAGGGCGCUCAUCGUCCUCAAAGUGAAGGACGCUCAUCGUCCUCAAGGCGAAGGACACCCAUUGUCCUCAAGAUGAAGGACAUCCGUCGUCCUCGAAACGAAGGGCGCUCAUCGUCCUCAAGGUGAAGGACACUCAUCGUCCUCGAAACAAAGGACACCCAUCGUCCUCAAACAAGAGAUAACCACAAUGGCCUCAUCAGCCCGAAAGGGAAGUUCAAACCAUCAACGACCAAGGAUAGACACUACCUUCGUCGGCCACUCAUACCGGAACACUCAUCGUCCGCAAACAAGCGCACCAAAGGAGUAACAGCCUUCCUCGUCCACAUCAAGGAACGGGUAACGACCAAACUCAGAACAGGGCCACCAAACACCGCGACAGGGAACGUCCAACGUGGUCCCGCAUCGGCCAAGAGCAUCAAGCACAGAAAUCUACUCUCCUUCACUUCGUCUACAUCUCAGCUUAGAGAGUGGGGGACUCCUGCUGGAGUAAAUGGGUCUAGGCCCCAGGACCCACAUACUCAGAAAAACAGAAGGUACCAUGAUCACUGGGUGACCUCGUCGGCCAUGCCCUCAUCGGCCAUGCUAUCAUCGGCCAGGAAAAGAUCUAUCCAGAAUAUGAUCCAGAAGUCAGGAGAACCGGGUGACCUCGUCGGCCAUGCCCUCAUCGGCCGUGCCCUCGUCGGCCAAGACCCUCGUCGGCCACGGAAGUCUCACAGAACCGGAGUUUACACUUAUUCAUUUGUAUAGCCCACCAGUGGCUUUGUAUUCGGCCCAAUAGCGGUCCAGUUGUAAAUGGGCCUCCCAAGCCCAAGACUUGGGAGCCCAGCCCGUAUUUUCCCUAUAAAUACUUCCUCUGGAGGUAGUUAUCAGGGUUACCAAGUCAUUCUAUUGAAGCAUAUAUUGCACUUCUCUCUCUAGCUCUCACUUCUCUCUAGAUAUAUACUCUAUCAUCUUUCUAUUUUCUUUAUUUUAUGAAAAAGAAACAAAAGUUAAAUAAAAUUUAUAUAUGAAAUAAAUUAUAUAGAUAAAAUAGAAAGAAAUUACAAAUACUGAAAUGGAUAAAAUAGAUGUUAGUACCCAAUUUUGAUAGAUUUUGAUGAUGUCACUAUACUCUACACAUGUACAUUGUUUCUCAUUUAAUUCAAGUAUUAGUGUUCAACUUCUAAUCAUAAAGUGACAAAUAAAUGUACAAUUUUUGAGACUAAUAAAAUUUUACUGGAAAUUUAAAAAUGCAAUAAAGUAAUUUUUAUUUACCUUAAUAGGAUAUUUAAAUCCUACCAGUAUAAAUUUAUUUGCACACAAAAAUUAAACUGUCACAUAUGUUCGAAAAUCAUAUAAAUUGAAUGUAUAUGAUUGAAGACAAAACUUGACCGACAGUUAAUGCUAAAACCGUACAUGGGCCUGGAACAUGGGACACACACAAGGAAUUGUCUCUGAGGGGAGUCUUCAGCAGCUAAAUCAUGGAAGACAAUCUUUGAUUGGCAUUUAAUGCUAAAAUUGUACAUGGGGCCUAGAAACAUGAAGCUCGUACAAAUGACGUCGAUCCUCCAACGGCCAAAUAAUGAAGACAGCCUAAAUGAAUGCUCCAACACAUGAAUACAAAAGUACAAACUCAUACGAACGUCAAAGAUUAAAUCAUCCUAACUAACGGAUGAGAUUAAUCAACAGGAGUAGCCUAUAAAUAUAGGCCGAAACAAAAGUUUCUAACGAAGCAUUUGAGCAUCCUAAAUAGAGAAAAAUUUCCUUUGAGCAUAUACGAGCUAUCUAGCAAAAGAGAAAUACUUGUCCAAACUUUACUCUCUGCUUGGACUCAUGCUUCACUAAACUUCCAAGUUACAAAUCUUCAUUGUUAAAUUCUGGAAGUUUAGUUCCUAGUUGGAGGUUAGAACUUUCUUGUAACAAAUCACAAAAAUAUUGUUGUAAACACUUAGAAGGGUUGUGUUAUCAAGUCCUAAGUGUGGAUAGAUAGAUAGAAUACCUUUUGGUCCCCACUCGAUCAAUUGAGAAAAUUAUAAGGAUUGAGUAACUUGGAGUGGUGUUGUACUCCUUGUGCAACACCUUCAAUCUAGGCCUGAGUGUUGUAAAGGCUAGAUUGGCACUAAGUGUAUUGGGCUUAAUACUUUAGUGGAAAUCCAUCUGAAAGAGGGUGUGACUCGAUGUAGGAGGAUUACACCACCUCUGAACCAGGAUAUACUGUGUGUUGAUUUACUUUCAUUUAACAAAGCACACACCCAACACUUCUCAUAAAAGGAUUAUAGUUUGCCAGCAGUAUCCUAAGCAGUAGUCUUAAUUGAUCUUACUGCUUAUCCUACUGCUUAAUUACUUACUUUCUUUGAGACAACUUUCUCACAAGGGCCCUAUAACAUCACUACUAAAAAGUCUGUUCUAUCAGAUCUCAGGAAUUCUUCUCACAAGUUUAGCAGUUGCCUCAGCCGUUCCCUGGUGACCACCCAACUACUAAGCCCACUGUUCUUACACAUUUAUUUCUUUUGAACAUCUCAACGUCACAAGAUCUCCAUAACAACAUUACCAAGAAGUUGGUUCAAACUGAUCUCCGAAAAUCAGCCUGUAACUCAGCAGGUGCCUCAGCAGUUCCCUGGUGAUCACCCAACUGCUGAGACCACUGCUCUCGUAAACUUUCACUUAUACUCACCUCAGCACAUUUCCUGAAAGCCCUCAUCAUUCUAAGCAAUUGUCUAUCUUCACUUUCAUUUUACACUACAUAUUUCCUCAGCAGUUGCCUCCACAGUUCCGUGCCAUCCAGCCAACUGCCAAGCCAACUACUCACUAUAUAAGUCCAAACAUCACCCAAGUUAGAAAGUUGUCACACACUGAUCAUAUAGAGGUUAAAGACUUCCGCUGUGUAUCUAUAAAUCUCCCAAAAGAUCAUAGGUUAAACUCAUCUAAAAAGAAAAAGUUUUUAAAGUUGAAAAAACUUUAAAAGUCUAUUCACCCCCCCUUUAAACUUUUACCUCUAUCAGGGACCAUCAAGUGGUAUCAGAGCGAAGUGUUCCUAGAGUCAGUUUCUGACUAAUUUGAACUAAAGAUCCAAAUCCACUCUACUUCCCAAAUACUUUCUAAAAAUGGACAGUCAGAUUGCAAAGAAUCUUUUGUUCAACUUGAACAAAUUUGAUGACUGGAAAAUAAGAAUGAAAGCACAUCUCAAUGCCUUACAUGAUAAAAUGCUGGAGGUGAUUACGGCUGGACCUAUCAAAAUAAUGAAGGUCAACACAUCUAAACAAACUGAUGAUCAAGAGGAUGUGUACAUUCCAAAACCCAAAUUGGAAUGGACAACUGAAGACAGGAAGAGAAACAAUCUUGACAACAUUGCCAAAGAUAUUCUCUUCAAAUAUGUAGAUGAAUCCAUAUUUCCCAGGAUUAGGAAAUGUGAAACGGCCAAAGAUGUCUGGAUGAGCUCACAAAAAUUAGAGCAGGAGAUGAACAGGAAAAGGAUAAUAAACUGACCAUAGCCUUCAAGAAGUUUGAGGACUUCAAAAUGCUGCCAAAUGAAACUAUCCAUGAGAUGGAGUCCAGAUUCCUGAAAAUUGUGGCAGAGGUCUUUGACAUGGGGAAAGAACUAUCUCAAAAAGAGAUUUCCCUUACGGUCUUGAGAGGUCUGCCCUCAAAGUGGGACAUGAAGGUGACUGCUAUGAAAGAUAGCAGAGAUCUCAGAACUUUGUCAAUUGAUAAGCUCUUCAGUGAUCUUAAAGCUUAUGAGUUUGAAAUGAAGGAGAUCAAAGAAGAGAAGGAAGUAGAUCAAAGACACUAGCCCUAAUGUUAGAACCGAGCUCAUCUAGAUCCAAUGAGAAAUCCCUCAACAAUCUUCUCACUGAUGAGCAGUUUGCCAUGUUUGUGAGAAAGUUUAAGAGAUUCAUGAAGAAAGAGGGAUCUACCCCAAAGAAGCCGUACAAUCUGCCACCAGGAGACAAGAGAGACCUCAAUCUAGUGAGGACACUAUCCUAUGCUACAACUGUAGACAGCCAGGACAUUACAAAAAUGAGUGCCCUCUGCCAUUGGCACAAAAGUAUCAAGGGCAGCAAGCAACUGCUCAAAAAGCUAGAUAUAAGAAGGAUUUCAAAGGCAAGAGACAAGUUGGAUGUAAGUGAAAAGAGAAAGGAGGAAUCCCAAAGUGAUGAAGAGAGCAGCUCAAGUGACGAAAGCUCCUCAUCUGAAAGCUCAGAAGAAGCACUCCUUUGCCUAGGAUCUUGGUAGGUGGCUUAAGAAGGUGGCAAGUGGCUCACUGGAGAAUGCAUCAGGCAGCUCAGUGAAACCUGCACAAGUGAAAGUGAUGAAUGCUGCUCACCUAGAUGCUUCAUGGCUGAUGACACUUCAAUAAUGUUGAGGUAACAUCCUUCUCUUCCUAUAGCUCAAGUGAUUCUGGACACUCUAACAUUACACUGGAAUCUUUACUACAAGACUUCCAAAAGAUCCAAAAUCACCAUGUUCUCUUGAAAUCUGAAAAUGAUAGAUUAAAACAAGACAUUAAGGUUGUUCAUGGAAAAUUGUUAUAUGCCUUGACAAAAAACAAUGUCUUAGAAGAAGAGAACAAAGAGCUGAAAAAUAGAAUGAAUAACUCGAGCAUGGAUAGUAAAUCUUGUGACUCUACUGCUGAAGUUAUUCUACAUAAGAAGAGAAGAGGUCUUGGCUACAUAUCCCCUACAAGACUCAAUCAAAACUCCCCAUCCACUAGCCAACAAACAAACACAAGAAAGCUAAUCUACCAAAAGUCCCAUUCUUAAUACAUUUCAAAAGAAAAGAACCAACCUGCUCCCAAAUCAAAAUCCAAAUCCCUGUAUAAAUAAACACUCCCUAACCAUCAAACCCCAAGAACCAGUUGGCAACCAAUCAAUAAGACCAACCACAGCCAAAAUACUAAGCAGACUUCUCCAAAAGUGAAUAAUCCAUUUCCCACAUCAAGAAGGAAAAGGAUUAACAAAUACAUAGCCAUCCCCCAUGAUUACAAUACUUCAAAUGGCUAUAAACCAAUAUGCUUAGAGUUAAAUGGUUCUAGAUGGGCUUGGAUGCCUAAACCUGUACAAGGGAAGUUGCCCACUAACUUGUGGGCUACUGCUCAACACUGGUGAAUACAGGAAGGUGUUGGAGCAGCUGACUCACAAAUAUGGUACAUAGACUCAGGCUGCACCAGGCACAUGACAGGAAGCAAGAAGCUACUGUCUAACUAUGUUGCUCGAGAAGGACCCAAAGUUACAUUUGGGAAUGUGGAAUAGAAAGGAGAAACCAAAGGAGCUGGAGACCUAUCAAUUAAUGGACUCAUAAUCCAAAACAUAUAUUAUGUUAAAGGUUUAAAGUUCAAUCUCAUAAGCACAAGCGAGCUCUGUGACAAUGGCUAUAAUGUGACAUUCUCCAAAGAUAUCUGCUUGAUUAGAGAAGUCAAAAAUGAUAAAAUUGUGCUCUCUAGUAGAAGGAAGAAGGACAUGUAUGUUGUUGAUCGGAGCUCAACUAAGGAAGGAAUCUGCUUAGUGACAAAGGCAGAUUCAAAUUUAAGUUGGGAAUGGCACACAAGCUCAACCAUCUCAACUUCAAAACCAUCAACAAACUGUCUAGAAAAGGAUUGGUGAAGGGACUUCCAGAAAUCAAUUUCAAGAAAGACCACUUAUGUGAUGCAUGUCAUAAAGGAAAGCAAACAAAGGUAUGAUUCAAAUCCAAAGAAGCAGAAUUAUCAACUAGACCAUUAAGCCUACUGCACCUUGACUUGUUUGGACCAGUUGAACCAACAAGCCUAAGUGGCAGAAGGUACACCUUGGUUAUAGUAGAUGAUUACUCCAGAUACACAUGGACCUUAUUCCUCAAGAAGAAGAAUGAAACAGAAAAGAAGCUUCCUGAACUGAUGACAUUGAUCCAAAAUGAGAAAAGUCUAUCAAUUCAAAAGAUCCGGUCAGAUAGAGGUAUUGAAUUUCUAAACUCUAUAGUAAUUCAGUACUAUGAAGAAAAUGGAAUACAAGAAAGAAGGGCAACCACCAAGUUCAUUAGCAACGCUGAGGUUCGGCUUCAUAAGAGAUUGAUCAAAAUGCAAAAGCAUUUUGACAAACUACUGGAAAUGAGGUUUGCAGAAGUUCAUUGCCACAUUAAGAGCAAUUUCAUGAUCCAACAAGUCUACAAUGUUGAACAAAAGGCACAACUCAAGAUGCAACUCUCCCGGUAGCCAGCUCAGCUAGAAGCCAUAUACAAAGAGCUUGCAGAUCAACGGGCAAAAGACAGAGAACUGGAGCACCAAAUCCAAGCCUAUAUCAGGCAACUGCGGGAUCAAGAGAUAGCAGGUGCCUCCCAACCAGCCGCAGAGGCCUCUGCCCAGGUACCUUCUCUCCCUUCCUUACCUCCUAACCUUGAGCAGGCCCUCCAAAGAAUUCAAGAGCACGAAGCUUAUAUCAACACAUUAAAGGAUGAGGAGUUCCCUACCAUGCUAAAGCUCUCCCAAAAAUUCCUCGUAGAGCAGCAGGCUCACGCUCAAGCUUAUGAGCAACUUACAAAGGACGUUGCUAACAACUUCCAAGUUCUCCAAAAGGCCACUCAAGAAACAUUCUGGAGGCAAGGCAGUGACUUCCAGAAGCUAGGUCAAGAUCUGCAAACUACAAAACAAAGAGUUCAUGACUUGGAACAUGAAGUCAAAGAUGAAGUGAAGACUGACCUUAUGGACAUCCAUAACUACAUCAAAGUGCUCUCUAUACAGGUUUAUGGUCUCAACCCUACAAAACGAAGAGCUGAAGACACUGAUGAAGAAAUUGAAGAACUUUUUGAAGAUAGCUACAUCCCUGAUGAUGCCAAAAAGGGGGAAAGUACACCAGCAGGUCCCUCAUCAUCAAGAUCACUAGCAUCCAGAAAAGCAGCAGAGACAAGAAGGAAGAACAAACUCUACGGGGAAGAAAUGGAAUUCCGAAAAAGAAAAUAAGAAGAGGCCAGAGCAAAAGAAGAAACCAAGAAGAAAUUAGAAGAAAUCAACAAGAGUAGAUUUGAUCGAGUCCGAAAGUGACUAAAAACUACUCCCUCCGUCCCUUAAAACUUUGCCAACUUUCCUUUUUUGGAUGUCCCACUAAUUUUGCCACUUUCCCUUUUAAGUAAAAAAUUUGUGGUUCGAGUUAAUUCUCUCUCCUCUGCACAAAUCUCAACCACACAGUUUUUACUUUAUUAAUCCUUGUGCCGGUCAAACUUGGUGAAGUUUUAAGGGACGGAGGUAGUAUUGUACUUUAGAAUUUAGACCAAUGUACAAUAAUCUCAUUGAAAAUCAAUAAAAACAUUUGUUUCCUGUGUUGAAUAGUUUUGGCAUCAUCAAAAAGGGGGAAAUUGUUAGUACCCAAUUUUGAUAGAUUUUGAGGAUGCCACUAUACUCUACACCUGUACAUUGUGUCUCAUUUAAUUCAAGUAUUAGUGUUAAACUUCUAAUCAUAAAGUGACAAAUAAAUGUACAAUUUUUGAGACUGAUAAAAUUAUACUGAAAAUUUAAAAAUGCAAUAAGGUAAUUUUUAUCAGAUCUCAGGAAUUCUUCUCUCAAGUUUAGAAGUUGCCUCAGCAGUUCCCUGGUGACCACCCAACUGCUAAGCCCACUGCUCUUACACAUUUAUUUCUUUUGAACAUCUCAACGUCACAAGAUCUUCAUAACAUAAUUACCAAGAAGUUGUUCAAACUGAUCUCCGAAAAUCAGCCUGUAACUCAACAGGUGCCUCAGCAGUUCCCUGGUGAUCACCCAACUACUGAGACCACUGCUCUCGUAAACUUUCACUUAUACUCACCUCAGCACAUUUCGAGAAAGCCCUAAUCAUUCUAAGCAACAUUCUAUCUUCACUUUCAUCACACACUAAAUAUUUCCUCAGCAGUUACCUCCACAAUUUCCUGCUAUCCAGCCAACCGGCAAGCUUACUGCUCACUAUAUAAGUCCAAACAUCACCCAAGCUAGAAAGUUGUCACACACUGAUCAUAUAGAGGUUAAAGACUUCCGAUGUGUAUCUAUAAAUCUCCCAAAAGAUCAUAGGUUAAACUCAUCUAAAAAGAAAAAGUUUUUAAAGUUGAAAAAGUUUUAAAACUCUAUUCACCCCCCUCUAGACUUUUACCUCUAUCAGAGACCAUCAAUAGAGAAUUUCGAUUUUUAGAAUUAACAUAGCUUAAAAAUUAUAUAAAAUAUCUUUUCAUGAAAAAACUAGAAUAAAGCUUUCAAUCAUAAAAUUUUUAGUCACAUUUUACUUUCUAAAAACAGAAAAUGUAAAAUUGAAUACAGGGAAAUAUUACCAAAGCAUAACUUGUUAAUGCACAUAGGAAUAAUAAAUUCAAAAAAAGAAAAAAAAUGAAAUUUUAGUGAAAAUAAAUAAAAAAAGACUAAAUAUAUUUUAUUUAACUUCGGUACAUUUGUAGAAUUUUCAUAAUAAUUUUUACAUGUUUAAAAAUAUUUAAUUUGGAAAUUCAUAAAAAUAUUUUUAUAUUUUUCUAAAAUUGAGAGUUGAUAAUUAGGAUUAAUAAAAGAAGAUCAACCAUAGUUGAAAUUAUUUAUAACUUAUGAAUAGUUCGCAUUUAAAUUUGACCUGCUAUAGCAGGUUGUAGAAGGUUAGAGACUAUUUUUGGAAAAUGGUAUGUAUAGUUGGGACCACCCAUAAAUAAUCGAUAGUUGAGAUUAUUAAUAGCGGAUCGGUAAUAGUUGGUAUUAUUAUUUUCAAUUUUUCCUAUUAUUAUCGACAUCCAAACGACCAAAUCCAUUUUCCCAUGUAUAUCUAAAAAUAACUUGCCCCCAUCGAAUAUUUUAACUUGCCCUCAAAAAAUAUAUCUGUCCCAAUAAUUGUUAUUACUAAAUACUACGUAGAUCAUUUGUAUUACUAUAACGUUGCAUUUUGGUUUUAGUAAAGUGUAAAUUAAUUGGCAAAUCAGAGAAUUAAAGCUUAUAAAAACAGUAGAGAUUAUGAUUUAGGGAAAUUUCUGUCAAAAUUUAGCAACUUUUAAUUUGCCACUCAGAGAAUUAAAGCUUAUAAUUACUCGAUUUGAUUGUGUCAAAAAAAUUGUCAGCUUCAAAUUAAAGCUAAUAACUUUUGUUCUGCUUAUUUUUUUUGCUCUUCUACCCAAAUUUCAAUCACAUAGAUGUAAUUUUUAUUUUUUCAUUUACGUUAUUGGGAGAGGGCAAAGUCCAAUUCAACUGUAUAAUAAUUAUAAUUACUCUACAUUGGACUAUAAAGUAAUGGGUGCUUGCUGGUUAUGACUUGAACCGUAUAAACUAAUAUUAUUGCGGCGGCAAGCGGGCAGUGUAUUCGGUUAGUUUGCUUCCAAAAUGGUUCACCUACGCAAUGGUCGUUACCAUUACUUUUUUAUGAAUAGAUACGUAGUAUUAUCUUCAUCCCACAAAAUUCUUUCCACUUUGACUUGACAUGGAGAUUAAGAAAAUGGAAAUGUAUGGCUGUGGUUGUGUAAGAAAAAUGUGAAAUGAAUGUGAACCACACAAAUUGUCCAAAAAUGGUAAGUGGGAAGAGUUUUUUAGGAUGGCCAAAAAAGAAAAGUGAGAAGAAUUUUAUGGGACGGAGGAAGUAAUAAAAUAAUAAACCAGCUUUGUUACGUGUUCUACAUAUACGGGGUUGUUUAUACUACGUACUUUAUACGUAGCAUAUUUAAAAAUGCACGCAAUUUCAUUUGCAUAGAUAAAUUUGAAAAUCAAAUUAUUGUUAUUAAAAAGAAGUGAAAUAAUAUAUAAUAUAAUUCCUCCUUAUAUCACUCUAAAAAAAAUAAUCUCUACUUAUAUCUUUCAAAACUUUGUCAAAUUUGAUUGACACGAGAAAUAAUAAAGUAACAAUUACAUCAUUGGCGCAAAGGGGAAAGUGACCACACCUUUUUCCUACUUGAUAUAAAUAUUCAAUUUUUUAAUAUCUAUGUAUAUAUAUUAUUAUGCAUUGUUUACACGACCACCCUUCCUAUUGAGAAAUCACGCGUUCACCAUUGUGUAUGACUGAGGUUUGUAUAGAAGAGUGAGAAAUAAUAGGAACUACAGAUUAAUUGAUUAAAAAAGAAAAUUAGUAAAGUUUUGAAAUACCUAAAAAAGAAAGAUAAAAAAUUAGAAGAGAAAAAAGGAAGAAGUAAUAAAUUAUACUCCUACUCAGUGGCGGAGCCAGGAUUGACAGGUUACAGGGGUCGGGGUUUAAGGAAUUUAUAUAGCAGGGGCCAAAAUUUAAAUUUUCACUAUAUUUUUUAUUACAUAUAAAUAUUUAUACAUAUAUAAAUACAUCAUAAAUUUUUUCUUGCAGGGGCUGUGGCCACUGCCAGCCCCACUGUCUCAACCCCUGCUACUACUACCUCCGUCCCGCUAAGAUUGAGACAAGAGAAGGUGACACGAUUAUUAAGAAAAGUAGAUUUGUGUGAUUGAUAUUGAAUUGAUAAAGUAAGAAUAAAGUAAAAAUGAUUUAGAGUCACACAAAUUUUACCGAAUUUAGAAUGAGACAAUGUGGAGGGAGUACAAGGUAUCACUACAUGUCUCAUCUAAUGUCUGUCAUCCUUCACCGUACAGUCGUACUAAUGAACGUCUAUAGAAGCAAUUUUCGAAUAAUGGAAUUUUUCUUUUACUUUGAAACAGUUGGUCAAAUGUGUAAUACCUUGAUUGUUUAGGGCACUCUUGUAUUUGAUUUUUUGUUGUUGUAAAUGUUGAGCGUAAAAUAGUUUUGGUCCGUCAAGCACUAAAAUGAAGAAUAUUGCUUUUAAUAUUCAAAUACAAAAGUUUGAAUUAAAAAUAGUUCAAAUUACAAAAGUGAAUAAAUCAAUUUCCUCGAUGUUUUUAUUUGAACUGAAAUUUUUGGAUCUGAUCUGACAUGAACUGGUCUAGUCUGGUCUGGUAAAUUUCUAAUCCCUAUGUAUUUUAUAACCAUUCAAUUUUGGUCUGAUCCAAUCUUAUUUGGUCUGGUCUGAUCUGGUCUCGGACGAAAAAUCGCCUAACUAAAAAAGUCUUAAGAAUCCUAAGUAAUGCUUUCAUGUACUCCAUAAUAGGAUGUACGAUAGUACUCCGUAUAUUACUACCUCCGUCCCGUUAUGAUUGCCCCGUUUUACCUUAUCGGUUCAUCCCACUAAGAUUGUCCCAUACCAAAUUUGGCAAAGUUUAUGUGACUCUAAAUCAUUCUUACUUUAUUCUUAAUUUAUCAAUUCAAUAUCAACAACCUAAAACACUUUUUAUUGAUUUACGUGUCACCCAUUGUUAGCGGACAGAUGGAGAAUAUCUGAGUCAAGUUACUCAUACUCCGCAAACCGUAUGGACUAGUACAAUGCUAAACAGGACCUAAAUUUGAAAUUCAUUUUUUUUACCACCGGUAAAAAUUUAAAGCUAGGUAACAGGCGGAUUUAGAGGAAACCUGGGUAUCAUCAAAACUGCGCAAAACGAAAGUACUAUCAAAACGCCAUUAGAGUAGAUGACUAAAACAAGAUUGUGAUUACUUCUUUCUGGUCAUGCUUAAAAUACCCUCUUUCUCCCCAUCCCCUCUAUAUAUAAGACGGUUUCUUGAAUGAGCAAAACAGUUUUUUAUGAGAGUGACCGGCAGGAUGAGAUUUGUGCUUGUUGGAAGCAGCUUUAAAUUCCCAUAUUGAAUACCCAAAACAUUCUGUCAGUAGUAGCCUGAACAAUAAAAGCAGAUAAAAUGAAACCUCAAAAUUGGGUUUUGCUGGGCUUAGUGUUGGUUCUUGCCACCGUUCAGAACAUUCAUUGCAGCGUCACUUAUGACAAUAAAUCUCUCAUCAUCAAUGGCCAGAGAAGAAUUCUUCUCUCUGGGUCCAUUCAUUACCCAAGAAGCACACCUGAGAUGUGGGAGGGCCUCAUACAGAAAGCUAAAGAUGGAGGCUUGGAUGCUAUUGAUACCUAUGUGUUCUGGAACAAUCAUGAACCUUCACCUGGCAAUUAUGAUUUCGAGGGUAGAAAUGAUUUAGUUCGAUUCAUAAAGCUAAUACAGAAAGCAGGGAUGUAUGUGCAUCUUCGCAUUGGGCCUUAUAUUUGUGGAGAGUGGAAGUUUGGGGGGAUUCCUGUUUGGCUGAAAUUUGUUCCUGGCUCCACUUUCAGAUCCAAUAGUGAACCUUUCAAGAUGGCUAUGCAAAGGUUUGUCCAGAAAAUUGUCCAAAUGAUGAAGGAUGAAAACCUUUUUCAGUCACAGGGUGGCCCCAUCAUUCUCUCACAGAUUGAGAAUGAGUAUGGGUUAGCAAGCAAAGCUUAUGGGGCUGGCGGGCAUGACUACAUGACUUGGGCUGCAAAUAUGUCGGUUGGUCUUAAAACUGGAGUCCCAUGGGUUAUGUGCAAGGAAGAUGAUGCACCAGAUGCAGUGAUAAAUUCUUGUAAUGGGUUUUAUUGUGAUUAUUUUUCUCCUAACAAGCCUUACAAACCCAAACUGUGGACGGAGGCAUGGAGUGGCUGGUUUGAAGAGUUUGGAAGCGCAAUUCACCACAGACCUGUUGAAGAUCUGGCCUUCGCAGUAGCCCGUUUCAUCCAAAAAGGAGGCUCCUUUGUGAAUUAUUACAUGUAUCAUGGAGGAACCAAUUUUGGAAGAACAGCAGGAGGCCCUUUUCUUACUACCAGCUAUGAUUAUGAUGCUCCUAUUGAUGAAUAUGGUUUAAUUAGACAGCCCAAGUAUGACCAUUUGAAGAACUUUCACAAUGCUAUUAAGUUAAGUGAGAAAGCUUUAGUCAAUGCAGAUCCAACUAUUACACAAUUAGGAAGCUACCUAGAGGCACAUGUAUUUUCCACGUCCGGAGAGUGUGCUGCUUUUCUCUCAAAUUUCCAUCUGAAUUCAUCAGCCACUGUGACAUUCAAUAAGAUGCAAUAUACACUUCCACCUUGGUCAACCUCGAUUCUUCCAGAUUGCAAAAAUGCUGUAUUCAACACUGCCACGGUGGAAGUGAAGAAAUCUGAGGUGGAGAUGUUGCCCACUAACAUGCCAACGCUCUCCUGGGCAACAUUUACUGAAGACAUAUUUAAUGAAGAUAGUGAUUCAAAGCUUACUGUUAGUGGUCUGUUGGAGCAAUUAAAUGUCACCAGGGAUAGCAGUGAUUAUCUUUGGUACAGCACCAGUGUUAAGAUGAGUCCAUCUGAAUUCAUCCAAGGACAACAGCCAGUUCUCACAGUGCAGUCAGCAGGCCAUGCAUUGCAUGUCUUUGUCAACGGGCGAUUCUCAGGGUCAGCUUAUGGAACUAAAGAUCACCCAGAGUUCAAAUAUACACUGAAUGUCGCAUUGCAAUCUGGAGUGAACCAAAUUUCUCUCCUCAGUGUAGCAAUUGGAUUGCCGAAUGAUGGUGCGUAUUACGAAAAACGGCACACAGGAAUCAUUGGACCCGUUGUAUUGCAUGGACUACCCAAUGGACCUAGGGACUUAUCUUGGCAGAAAUGGUCUUAUCAGGUAGGUUUGAGAGGUGAAGCAUCUAACGUAGUUUCACCAAAUGGAAUUUCAUCUGUUGGAUGGGUUGAAGGGUCCUUAGCUGUGCAGCAACAGCCCCUGACUUGGUAUAAGUCUUAUUUCAAUAGUCCUGAAGGAAAUGAGCCAUUGGCAUUGGACAUGGGCAGUAUGGGAAAGGGUGAAGUUUGGAUCAAUGGCCAAAGCAUUGGUAGGUAUUGGACUCUCUCAGCAGUUGGAAAUUGCAGCGUCUGCACAUAUCGAGGGACGUACCGAUCCCCAAAGUGCCAAUCCGGUUGCGGCCGGCCUACACAACAAUGGUAUCAUGUUCCGCGGUCCUGGCUAAAACAGACAGACAACCUGCUGGUGGUUUUUGAGGAGAUAGGCGGAAAUCCAUCUGGAAUCACGGUUGUUAAAAGAACGCUUACUUACCUAUAGAUAUUUAUAUUUAGGAUAGUAAUAUUGUUAGACUAAUUCAAUUCAUUUUGUAUAUCCAUCUACCGUUUUCUUCCUCUCUAUUGGAUUGUGGUCUGUCAUAUACUGCACAUGACUGAUAUAGUUGGAAUAAGAUUAUUUGAGUAGAUUAGAUAAAAAUCACAACCCAAAUUCAUGAUUCAUAUGAUGGAGUGUUUUAUUUUUCUAUGUAUUUAUUGCUCCACUUGGGAUGCUGUGUCAUUGUACAUAUCCUUCGGCACUUUUAACUAACUUGGGACAUAAAAAGUGGUACUUCCGUCCCUUGGCCCCCCUAUAAUUGUCUCAUUUUCCCAUUUUUGUAUGUCUCCUUUUAUUGU